AUGACUACAAGGAAGCAACAAAUUUUGAACAGCGUUCAACGCCCAUUUGUUUUGGCCAUCACGAGGGCCUACAGGACCACAGCGACUGCAGCAGCCACAGUGCUGGCUGGACUUAUUCCACUGCACAUACGGGCCCAAAUGGAAGCGGUCAUCGCAAAAGUUACUCUCCUUAAGCAACCUGCUCAAUACCAGAACCUCCAUUUCUCACCGGAGGACUUUGAGAGCAAUCUACAAGUUGCGGAAGUACACCCGGCCCUUUUCUGCAAGAAUGUCCAUGCUUAUACAACGAUGCUUGAAGACAACAACGAUCACUCUAAUGCCCUUAAGAUUUAUACAGAUGGCUCCCAGGUGAAUGGAACGACAGGCUGUAGCUAUACCAUCAAACGAAAUGGAAGCACCUUAAGGUCUUGGAAAGGCUUUCUGGGCGCAGGCAACUCGGUCUUUCAGGCGGAAGCCGAAGCCAUACGCCAGGCAAUCCUAGCAGCGAGUCAAUUUAGCUACUCCACCGCAGAAAUACACACCGACAGCCUGUCAGCAAUUCAUGCAAUUCGGAAUCCUUUUCACAGGUCGCCCAUCAUAGGGCGCAUUCAGCAAACCCUGCACCAGUACGAAGGACGCAUCCUCAUCUUCUGGAUUAAAGCACACGCUGGACACCAGGGGAAUGAGGAGGCAGAUUUACUAGCCAAAGAAGCCGCGAGCAAUCUCGAUGCGGAACAACUGGCAAUAAAAUUACCAAAAUCCUAUGUAAAGAAGGCUGUUCUAAACGCCGCACUCAAGCAAUGGCAGGAAGAGUGGAAUUCUAUUCCGCAAGGAAGAAGGACCUACGAAUUCGCUCACAAAGUCAGCCUUGAGAGACAGAUAUCUCAGCCACACAUCACCAGAUUUAUAACGGGUCAUGGUCCAUUCCCCGAAUUAUUUUCUAGAGCGAAGAAUAACAAACACCAACAUCUGUGUGUGUGGCCAGCCAGGUAG